GGUUAAAACAUGUAAUAAUACGAAUUUCAUCAUGCCAGAAUCUAGUUUUUACUUGUGGAAAUUGUCAUGUUAAAAUUUAAUUCAUACUAGUAAAAUUUGCUCUUUCUAUUAGAUAAAUUGGGAAAAGCUAUGAAUUUGUAGUGAGAACUGAAAUUGUACAUGCUAAAAUCUAAAUCCAGUUUUUCUUUAUUUGAUCUAAUAAUUUCAGAUAUUAAAAUUGUGGAGUAAAGGAUAAAAUGGUUUUCCAUAGCAUAGCUUUAAAAACUUUAUUCCACUGAUUUCAUAACAAUUCUUUUGCAGUGCAGUAGAUGCAUUUUUUGUCUAUUUUUCUGUAACCUUGUGUUUCUCAAAACUAAAUUCUGGCAUCAUUCUGUGCUCAGGUGCCUCAGUUCCCAAUGACGGACCACAGUUCCUCUGUCCUGCUCAACACCGGGGCUCAUAUGCCACUGUUAGGCUUGGGCACAUAUCGUCUGCAAGGUCCUGAGGACACCUACCAGGCUGUGGAUGCUGCCUUAACAGCAGGUUACCGAGCCUUUGAUACAGCAGCAGUCUACCGCAAUGAAGCAGACCUUGGCCAGGCCCUUCGCACCUUGUUGCCCAAACAUGGGCUUUCCCGAGCAGAUGUGUUCAUAACCAGCAAACUGAGUCCAAAAGACCAGGGUGCAAAAGCCAGAGAUGGCUGUCUGAGGAGCCUGGAGCAGCUGGGGCUGGACUAUAUUGACCUAUAUCUUAUUCACUGGCCUGGUACGCAGGGUGUAGCUGUGGGGGAUAAGCGAAACCCUAAGAACCGUUCUCAGAGCUGGGCAUCCUUGGAGGACUUCCACAUGGAGGGAAAGUUCAAGGCCAUUGGAGUCUCAAAUUACACCGUGAAGCACAUGCAGGAGCUCCUGAAGGCGUGCAGAGUUGUUCCGGCUGUUCUCCAGGUGGAGUUCCACCCGAGGCUGGCUCAGAUGGAGCUUAGGGCUUUGUGUGAAGAGAGUGAGGUUUGUUUCCAAGCGUACUCCUCGCUGGGCACCGGGGUACUCCUCACUGACCCUGUUGUUCAGGAGGUGGCAGAAAGAUGUGGGAGGACUCCAGCUCAGGUGCUUUUGAGGUGGGCUUUGCAACAGAAUGUGCCUGUGCUGCCAAAAUCUUCCAAGCCUGACCGGGUGCAGGACAAUGGCCGUCUGUUUGACUUUGAGCUCAGUGACGGCGACAUGGCAAGGCUUUCUGCUCUGGACUGUGGGGAAAAGUUCUGCUGGGACCCCUCACUGGUGGUUUAGAACAUCCCCUGGCUGUUCUUCAGUGCCAAAACCCUAGAUGAAACCCCUGAUAUGUGACUUGCAGAUGUUGCUUUAUCAAAAAAUAUUUUUUGAUUAUUUUCUAUGUUUAUGAGAGAUUAAAAUGAUCUGCCUUGGUGGUGAAAAAGAAAAGAAUUUUGAAGAGGAUAUUUUUAAUAAUUUAGGAUGUUUUUUUCUAAUAUUUAAGUUUACUUUAAGAUUUUAAGAAGUGGUAAAGGGAGAUCAAUGCAGUGAAAGGUAAUCUAUAGAGUAAAGAUGAAACAUGUAGAACUAGUUUCUCAGACCCAUAUUAAGACAAAUCCUAGAUUAAAUAAGUACCCAAUGGUGAAUAACCAUUGGCUCUGCAAUUUAGUUUAAAACUAGGCUGAACUCAUGUCAUGUCAUGUUUCCCAGACAUGAGUCUGGGAAUGUUCAUGAUCUCAGUUGUCAUAUGCCUCAAUGUUUGUAUUAAAGAUCACAUAUGCCAAUA